GUUCCAGGAACAGCUAUUCGGAUUUGAUGUACAGGUUAAUACGGCAUAAGAGAAGACUGUAAUCUGACCUGAAGUCUAGUACGGGUCAUAAAGCGAAAAGGUACUUUUAUGUGCGGUAAUAUUAUGUCAGCGUCCCUACCAGCAAUUGUGCCCGCCGCUUGUAGAGCCACGGCCGCGGUGAUAUUCCUCCAUGGCCUAGGAGACACAGGACAUGGAUGGGCUGAAGCUAUGGCCGGGAUCAGGACACCUUAUGUAAAGUACAUUUGCCCUCAUGCACCAGUAAUGCCUGUCACCCUCAACAUGAACAUGGCAAUGCCUUCCUGGUUUGACAUAGUUAGUCUCAAUCCUGAGGCAGAGGAAGAUGAAACUGGAAUUAAAAGAGCUGCUGAAAGCAUCAAAGCACUGAUUGAUCAAGAAGUUAAAAAUGGUAUUCCAUCUCAUAGAAUUGUGUUGGGAGGUUUCUCUCAGGGCGGAGCCCUCUCUCUCUACACCGCUUUGACAACUCAUCAGAAGCUGGCUGGUGUGGUUGCUCUCAGCUGCUGGUUGCCCCUGAGGAACUCCCUAUCAAAGUCAAUGAUUAGCAAUAAUAAGGAUAUAUCGGUGCUGCAGUGUCAUGGCGAAGCAGAUCCUCUGGUUCCUCUUAUUUUUGGCCGUCUCACUGUAGAGAAACUCAAAGUCAUGCUGAAUCCCUCCAAUAUCACUUUUAAAACAUACUCUAGAAUGCCUCACUGUGCAUGUCCUGAGGAAAUGAUGGACAUCAAGCAGUUUAUUAAGAAGCAGCUCCCCAAAAUCAAUUAAUCAACCAUUUAUACUGUAAUUGUCCAUUUAACAAAAAAAGUACACAAAAGAUGUUCUUACCUUCUUAGAGUACUUAUUAUUAAGAUACUAUAUUAAAAAUAUACUAAAGUGCAUGUAGUGUUUUUAGACACUUAAUUGCAUGUUGUUUAUAAUUAAAUGAAAAUGUAUUGCUUUCCAAAUACUCUGCACCAGGUGUGUCAAACUCCUGGAGGGCCGCAGCCCUGCAGAGUUUAGAUUCAACCCUAAUUAAAUGGCCCUCCAGGAACUGAUUUUGACACCCCUGCUCUACUUUGUAGCAUCUGAUGAGCCCAAAAGUUUUGUUAUGUGACCUGGGGCCAUAAACUCCCUGACCCUUAAGGAUGAACCCUGUAACAUCACAGGAAUGGCCCAAAGAGAGAAUCCUGAAGGCUCCGAUCAGGUCUGGGAGGGAAUGGCCUCCCACAGACUUUUUUUCCCUUCACUUUUUACUUUGAUGUUGAUGUUAUGCCCUGUUUACACCUGGUGUUAAAAUGUGUUUUCAUCAAUCUGAUCAUAAUUGGAUAAUGCUACAUAAAGAUGGGCUCUAAAAUGCUUUAUGCUUGUCCACUUUCGACCCCUUCCAGAGGUAAUGGAAAACUCAUUCGACCAGAUUGCAUUCAUAAUGUGGAUGCUCAUGUGAUCGAAUGCAUUCCAGCAGCCACUAAAGUCCACCUACUCUCCACUGACUGAGCUAAUUCUUAAUCUUUACGAUGUUCAUUUCCUAUCUGUUAAUCGACAAACUUAGAAUGUUAAAUUAGGUUUAAAUCCACUAGUUUAAGGAAACCAAGACAGCAAAGCGCAUAUUGUUUUGCUUUAUUUUACAAAGGCAUGGUUUUGUUUUUAUUGUGAGUAUAUUUAAAUAA